CGGUAAUUUCGUGUCAUCGAGCGCCGAUUCCUUCUGCCCUGGUCUCCGCUCUGAACCUCUCCUUUCUCUCAACUCACUUCGAAAAUUCCUUCGGAUCUGCUCCCAAUUUCUCUUCCAGCUUGAGAGAAUGGAGACCUUUCUAUUUACCUCUGAGUCUGUGAACGAGGGUCACCCAGACAAGCUCUGUGACCAGAUCUCAGAUGCAGUACUUGACGCAUGCCUUGCCCAGGACCCUGAUAGCAAGGUCGCGUGUGAGACGUGCACCAAAACCAACAUGGUUAUGGUUUUUGGAGAAAUUACAACGAAAGCGAAUGUCGAUUAUGAGAAGAUUGUCCGGGACACUUGCCGUUCGAUCGGAUUCAUCUCUGAUGAUGUGGGUCUAGAUGCUGACAACUGCAAGGUCCUAGUUAACAUCGAGCAGCAGAGCCCUGAUAUUGCUCAAGGUGUCCAUGGCCAUUUCACUAAGCGACCUGAGGAAAUUGGUGCUGGUGACCAAGGGCACAUGUUUGGUUAUGCCACAGAUGAGACCCCUGAACUCAUGCCCCUCAGUCAUGUCCUUGCAACAAAGCUUGGCGCUCGCCUCACGGAGGUGAGGAAGAACGGUACCUGCCCGUGGUUGAGACCUGAUGGUAAGACCCAGGUUACUGUGGAGUAUUAUAAUGAAAAUGGCGCUAUGGUUCCGGUGCGAGUCCACACGGUUCUCAUCUCCACCCAGCACGAUGAAACCGUCACAAAUGAUGAGAUUGCAGCUGACCUUAAGGAGCAUGUCAUCAAGCCUGUCAUCCCCGAGAAGUACCUUGAUGAGAAGACCAUCUUCCACCUCAAUCCCUCUGGCCGCUUCGUCAUCGGUGGCCCACACGGAGAUGCAGGUCUCACCGGUCGUAAGAUCAUCAUCGACACCUACGGUGGGUGGGGAGCUCACGGUGGAGGUGCCUUCUCUGGGAAGGACCCAACCAAAGUGGACAGGAGUGGCGCUUACAUUGUCAGGCAGGCAGCCAAGAGCAUUGUAGCCAACGGCCUUGCUCAAAGGGCAAUUGUGCAGGUCUCUUAUGCCAUUGGUGUGCCUGAGCCAUUGUCGGUCUUCGUCGACACCUACAGAACCGGAAAGAUCCCCGACAAGGAUAUACUCAAGAUUGUGAAGGAGAACUUCGACUUCAGACCCGGAAUGAUCACCAUCAACCUGGACUUGAAGAGAGGUGGUAAUGGCAGAUUCUUGAAGACUGCUGCAUAUGGCCACUUUGGAAGGGACGACACAGAUUUCACCUGGGAAGUUGUGAAGCCCCUCAAAUGGGAGAAGCCUCAAUCUUGAAUCUGAUGAAGAAGCCGCCAUUGAUGAAUAUGGUUACUACUGGAUGAAUAAUGUGUGUGGUACUGGUGCCCUUAGCUCUCUGCUAAUGCUGUUCUAUUUUUACAUGCGAGAUCCUU